CGGCGAGACGUCGACAAAGUCAAUGUCAUUUUGUCAUUUUAAACUUUGCGCCGCCGGCUGGGCGCUAUUUAAACAAGUGGAAAAUUAUUUAACAAAUUAUUAUAAAUUAAAGCGCGAGUUACGGAAGUACAGUCUUAUUAUAGGUAAAAAUGUUCGUUUAUAUUAUUUUGGGGUUAACAUUAAUAGUGUGCAUAUUAUUAAUGGUUUUGCACCAAUGUUUGGAGAAGAAGACUGUUUAUAGGGACCUUAAAAACAAGCAUGUUGUUAUCACCGGUGGAUCGAGCGGCAUCGGUAAAGCUAUAGCUUCUGAAGCGGCAAAAUUAGGAGCCCACGUUACGAUAGUCGGUCGCGACCUCCAAAAACUUAUUUUGGCCGUAAGCGAUAUUAGUGCUCACUGUAAGCCCUAUAGCGGUCAGAAAAUACAGUACGCCUCCUUAGAUGUGACUGCCGACUACAAUUCUAUUGAGAAAUGCUUCUCCAAACUAGAAGUUGAUGUUGGCCCAAUAUUUAUGUUAGUAAAUUGUGCUGGGAUGUGCAUUUGCGGGCAGUUUGAUAGAAUGAAAGUGGAGGAUAUAAAGCAAAUGAUAGAUCUGAAUUAUUUCGGCACCGCAUAUCCCACAAGAUAUGUCUUGCCAAAGAUGAAGGAGCGUGAUGAGGGUUUGAUUGUGUUUGUUUCUACAGAAGCUGCUUUGUUGGGUAUUUACGGUUACAGUGCAUACGGAGCAGCUAAAUGGGCAGUUCGAGGUUUAGCAGAAUCAAUUUUCAUGGAGUUAGUUGGUACCAAUGUUAGACUGACACUGGCCUUUCCACCAGACACUGACACACCUGGUUUUAAAAAUGAAGAGUUGACAAAACCAAAAGAGACAAAACUGAUCUCUGGGUCUGGAGGUCUACAUUCAGCGGAAGAAGUAGGCAGAAAACUUCUCAGAGAUGCAUUGAAUGGAAAAACAUACUCUGUCUUCGGAUUUAGUGGGCAUCUUCUUUCAAUUUUAUACUGUGGAACAAUAGAAAGCGUGACACAGGUUGUUCUACAAAUACUAUCUUUGGGCUUCAUCCGAGCAAUCAUGGUUGCAGUACAGCUAUCAUUUCACAAGAUCGUCAGGGAGGGAUUGGUAGAUAAACAAAAUAUUGAAGGAGAAAAAGAAAAGACUCAAUGAUAUAAGCACCAAAGGUCAUGUCUAUUUAUUCUACUGGCGUGUGUAGCUGUGGCUGUCCAGGGAGGUGUUAUAGCACCAGCCAGUUACUACGGAUCGUAUGGGUACAGCGGCUGGAACCCCUACAGCUCCUAUCCCGCGCAACCUGCUAUUGCCUCACAACAUUCUAAUAUACUGAGAUCGCCGUUUAACUUGGGACAGGUGUCAACGUACUCAAAAGCGAUUGACACUCCAUUCUCCAGCGUGCGUAAGGCGGACAUACGCGUGAGCAACCCAGGAGUGGCCAUCGCACCAGCUUACCACGGUCUGGCUGCACCGCUAGUAUCACACGUCGCCGCACCGCUUGCGGCUCCAAGGGUAGCAACUGGCCUCCUAGGUGUGGCAUAUUCUGCUGCCCCUGCGGUGUCCCACAUGACCUACACUAAUGGACUCGGCCUGGCUUACGCGUGGUAAACUUUACCACUGUUCGUUAUAUAAUCAUGUUUACCGUGUAUGAGUAAGAUUCCUCUAUUUAUUGCCUGAUAGUUGUAACAUAAUUUAUUUUCACCCUAUUUUUUAAAUAAAAGUGUAUAUGAGAAAUU